AUGAGGUUCGCCAGACGGUUUAUUUGUACAGUGGUUUUGUGUGCUUGUCUCAGAGGACAGGGAACUGAUGGAAACCAGAAAGCACAACACAAAAAUGUCUGCAUAAACUGUACUUGCUAUGAUCAGCACAAAAACAAAUACAAUCUCUGGCCCUUACAAAACCUCGAUGAUCCUGAAAAUCCCAGGUUUGUAAACAACUACAUUAUUAGGGACCAUACGAAACUACGACAGCGAAGGCAACGGGAACGUCAAAAAGGCAAUAAUUUAAUGAGCAAAACAAAGACCCUGCACGUGCUUCACGCUUUUGUGCAAUUUUCUUUGCCGUUCCUGCACACUAUGACAUGAAAUCAUGACUAAAUUUCAACUUUACUUGAGAACGGAAACAGCAAAGGAUGUAAAUCAGUCUACCAUGAACUCGGGUGCGGUCCUCUCGCUUCAGCUCCAACCUAAAUUCCCUUCUUUUAAGUAACUGGGAGACUUGGGAUAAUCGAAAAUGUUUAAAGACUUUAAAAUGAUGCGAAGUAUAUUUUUCAGCAAAAUCUCCAUGGACGUCGCCGUUGUUGGAUCGUAAGAUCCCUCUUAUAGUAUUGCCAUGUAACACCCUGUACCUAACCUGUGAUCUUUAGCUACCUGUUGCUGACUCCCAGUUUAAUUUGCUCCCAUUUCAUGUCCUCAACAGCUUCAGCAAAGCACAUGGAGGCUACACUUAUAGUUACAGCCCUUGCUUGUCUUUUAAGUUAGGGCCACCAGAUCUCAGCGAGUGUAGGAACAAUGUCGCAGUAAGUUUAUAACAAAAAUGUUAAUGAAAAUGUAAUUUUUAAGUUCCAUCGAAAGGGUCAAAGGCCACGCGCAACCCGCCUUUUCUUUUCUUAACUGAGUUGCUUAGCAUUUGCUACACCAUAGCUUACCAUAGUUGGAACAUCAUAGGGAGCUCUAAAGUAUCAGUCUCUUACGGUCUUCCUCUUAUCAAGGGUUCUUAAGCAGUAGUUAAAGUUGAAAGCAGGUGUUUAUUCAAUUAUUUACAUACUUGCUGUAAAAAUCAAAACAAACAGAAAAUUGUAAAACUAACAAAAUAAAACUCCCUCCAUGUUAUAAAAUAAUAUUGUCUUUCAUAAACCUCACCUGUUCGCAGAUAUGUCAAUCAACGACAAAUGUAUAUUAUCAAAAACUAGCAGAUCAGGGGGGAGUUAAGUUGGACUACGAUGCUGAUAAGAAGCGACUACAGCUGAUAUACAAGUAAGUACCUGUGUCUGGCUUUGAAAACUGCCAUUAAUUUUACAGGAAAUUUAGACUAGAGUUAAUAUAAAAAUGCCCUUAUAUGAGUUUAUUUUCCCCUACUAUCUCAAAUUUACUGGUGUCGCCUUUUACCCAUAAAUUUUUGACGGAAGAUUUCUUUGAUGAUUUCACUGAACCGAGCAGGGAGCAGGAAGUAUUCUCCACACAUCAUCAGAUAUUAACUAUCCAUUCAUACCGUCAGGUGUAUGAUCGAAAACCCGCGCCAUAUAUUAGAACUGGACGUCUUUUGAAUGAAGGUACCGAAGAAAAUAAAAUUGUGACGCCAUCCAAACUGUAAAUUAUUUUCUCAAUUAUGACACAGCAGUUUUCACUAAUUCGUUUCCUUUUUACAAAAAAACUUUAAAAUCCCUUGUUAUUAUGAAUAAAAUGAAUGUGUCGUCCAGAGCCAUACUUACAGUAUCUCUCAGUUCUUCAGCCCCUGAACAAGGAAGGUUCGCCCCUAAUUCUGAUUCNACUAUCCAUUCAUACCGUCAGGUGUAUGAUCGAAAACCCGCGCCGUAUAUUAGAACUGGACGUCUUUUGAAUGAAGGUACCAAAGAAAAUAAAAUUGUGACGCCAUCCAAACUGUAAAUUAUUUUCUCAAUUAUGACACAGCAGUUUUCACUAAUUCAUUUCCUUUUUACAAAAAAACUUUAAAAUCCCUUGUUAUUAUGAAUAAAAUGAAUGUGUCGUCCAGAGCCAUACUUACAGUAUCUCUCAGUUCUUCAGCCCCUGAACAAGGAAGGUUCGCCCCUAAUUCUGAUUCUGAGUUUUCGUUAGAAUGAAAAUAGACGCUUGAACUAUUCAAAUUGAAGAGGAGGAAGUCAAUUCAGUUUUCAACACCGUUCAACGUAAUACGAGAAUUUCUUACUUUGGUGUAGGAUAUUAUGACCCGUUCCAUUCUUUUAUUUUGACAGUUCUUAUAACAACACAUUAAUAAUUAGUUGAUUUAUCUCUGUAUUACAUUUGCUAGCAAAAUUGUAACCUCGAAGCCCAAAGUCAUACUUAUAUGCGAUCCAACGAUCGAGGACGCAAUAUUUGACAUCGUGAACGUUGAAAAAGAAUGGGUAAGUCGAGAUAAAACUAAAAAUCGAUUCAAUAACUGGGAAAUUUACAUAAUUGUGCCUGCUAUAAGUUUAUUUCUAUUUUAGUUCGAGUAAAAAUACCUUUACUUACGGAUCUUUGUCAAUUGAAAAAUGAUUCAGCUCAAAAAUAUUUUAGAAAACGAGGCCGUGUUUAAAAAGGAGGGUUUAGUUUUUGCUGCAAAUUGCAACGUUGUCUUGUUUAAGCGACGGUAAAACGGCCAACAGAACCGUGCAACUUGAUUUACAACAUUGCUGUAAAACGAGUUGAAUAACGAUAUUGCGCAUUUUACCAACCACGAAUCAAACCUGUCUUGCAGAAAAUCAGGUUGUUGCAGGUUGCGAAAAGUUGUUGCAGAAAGGAGAGAGUAGUUGUACUUUUUCCAAACAGAUCUGUACAUGUUGCGCGUUUUUACCGGCCCAAAGCAAACUUGUUUUGCAACAAAUGACAUAAAAUAACUUCUUUGUUUGGUGUAACCCCAACGCAAUUUGAUCCAAUCAGAAAUCAGUCAUAUGCGCAUAUGUCAUGCGCAUUGGAACAUUUAAUGAAAAAUUGCGCACUAGAAAUGUAAAUUAUUAUUAAUUAUUAGAAGUAGUAUUAACGCAACAUGUCACAACCUGAUUAGUUGCAAACAGGUUUGAACUUAAUAGGGAGCUUAAGCAACUACUACUACGACGACGACGACAACUUCAAAAAACAAUAGGUUUAAUGAUCAAAACAACAGCUCUGAUCACGCUUUUUAGUACAUUUCUUUGACGUCCACUGCACGACUACGACGUGAAACCUCCUAAUUUGACGUUUUAUGGAGGACGUGGACAUACGACGACGAAGUCUCCUUCCGCUUUUUGAACUUGAAUAAAAUCCUUAAGAAUUCAACUCCAGGAAAAGUCGCCUGCAUUUGACAUAUUGAGCAGGUCCAAAUAGACGCGAUUGAGUUUUAAAGGGAGCAAACUAAUUUUUCUAGCGACGUUUUCACUGCCGUCGUCGUCGUCUUUGCUCAAAGUCCCUAAUAGGUGGUAUAUAAAACGCUCAAAAUUGCUUUUCAACUCAUUUUGCAGUAAUGUUGCAAGACAAUUUGCACGUUUUGAUGUUCGUUUUUACCGUAGUUAUAGAAUACUGGUUUAAUAUCAACUAAGAUUAUCUACAGACAAUCAUCCAACUACCAAACAAUUAGCGAUAGGAAGAAAAAAUAGUGUGAAAAAUUUCAAGGUAAGUAGCUUGUACUAAUUGGUUUGCUUUUACUCCGCAGAUUUUUAAUCUCACCCACAAAUGCGCAUGCCCAAAUGCUUGUUUGACUGAUCCACCUGAUCCUACUAGUUCCAGUGAUCCUAGUGUUCAUUCAAGUAAGCCAAAUUAUUAUUCAUUCAAAACAUUCCUCAGAUCGGAUCGUAUCCGGUUAAUUUUUCAUAACCAGCUAGCGAUGACCAAAUUUGGAAGACGCUUACGAUGUACGGAUUACUUUAAUUGUUACUUUAGCUCCUCUUCACUCCCUGUAACUGGAUCUAAGAAUACUGAGAUGACAUUUUUUUGAAUAACUAAUAAUUCUAUAUGUAUGUUGGUGUCAGCAGCUGACGUCAUCUAGUGUGACGUCAAGGUGCUUUUUUGGGAUGCCAGGCAACACGAUUUUAAGCCAGUGCUUAUAACUAUCAUCAUUAUUUCUUUAAAAUAUUUUUCCGUUUCUGAUUGGCUCAAAUCCCACAGCUAAUUCUUCACAACGAGCUUACGUUGAUCCAAUUUGGAAGACGUUUGCGAUAUCCGGAAAAUAAUCGCCUCAGAAAAGGAACUCAACCGAGAAGCCCUUGGGACGAGGUUGUAUUUUUUUGGUAGAGUUAUAGAAAAUGGCAGAAAAUUUAAAACGUUUUGCGAAAAAGAAAUAGCGGAACUAUUGUGGAAGCAAUCAUCUAGAAAAGAUUCUAAGAUAAUAUUUAUAACAAUAAUAAUAAUUAAAAUAGAGUUAAAGCUUCUUCUUUAGUUUUGAUCUGCGCAGAACUAUGGCGGUCGUGAGAAAAGCUUUGCGAUAAAGAAAGAGUUCUAUCCAUUCUCUGACAGAGCCUUUCUUUCACUUUCUUGAUUUUGGCGUACUCGAGAAAGACUCUGCGGGAUUCAACUAAAGUCUUUGUUGAGCAUUUUCUGCUUGUUUCCGGGACACAGUUUCGACCCGAGCGUAAUGCAGGGACACCCAAUGACCAAAUGUUUCCAUACACGUCAAAGGUGUCUCAUAUAGUUUUUUCUACACUUUAGAAUUCUGUUUCGUUGAGUUGAGCUUCCUUAAAAAUUACCAUUUAUCGGUUUAUAUUUGAACCCUUUAAAAUAUAAUCCUUGCCUGAAUACAUGCCGAAUACACCCUGAGUUACUUCUGCUGUCUAUUCAUAAACCAGGAAAGAAUUUCUUGUCUUGGGACGCACAGUUCUUUAUGGUCGGCCAUUUGUUUCAAAAUUAUGACACGAUAUACGUGCGGUUUUUUCCCACGUAUACCUGCAAUCAUUCCUGCUACACGAUAUACGUGCGUUUUUUUGUCAGGUAUACUUGCGUUUUAUUCCCAAGUAUAUGACCAUUUUCUUACAAACGCGCAUAUAUAUAUGCGCACAAAAAACCCAUAUAUAUGCGUUAUAAAAAAGAAUGUGGUAUAUGCGGUCGCAGAAAGUCGUCGUAUAAGAGGCAACGAAUUAUACCGUCAGCAAGAAACCCCCUUCAUGUACGAUGGAGCUGAAAAGUAACUUCAGUUUGAAUCAAGCAUGGCUGCAAUGCCCUCGUUUAUUUCGAGCAAGAUUUCGUCCUUAUUCAUUGCCCUCACAGUAGUGGUGGUUGUUGGCUCCCCGACAACGGAUUUGUUGGAAUCCGUGGAUUGUCUCUUGAGAGACUGUGUACGCUAUUUCACAAAUGCUGACCGAAACAACGAUUCCUUUUUACAAAAAAACUUUAAAAUCCCUUGUUAUUAUGAAUAAAAUGAAUGUGUCGUCCAGAGCCAUACUUACAGUAUCUCUCAGUUCUUCAGCCCCUGAACAAGGAAGGUUCGCCCCUAAUUCUGAUUCAGAGUUUUCGUUAGAAUGAAAAUAGACGCUUGAACUAUUCAAAUUGAAGAGGAGGAAGUCAAUUCAGUUUUCAACACCGUUCAACUUAAUACGAGAAUUUCUUACUUUGGUGUAGGAUAUUAUGACCCGUUCCAUUCUUUUAUUUUGACAGUUCUUAUAACAACACAAUAAUAAUUAGUUGAUUUAUCUCUGUAUUACAUUUGCUAGCAAAAUUGUAACCUGGAAGCCCAAAGUCAUACUUAUAUGCGAUCCAACGAUCGAGGACGCAAUAUUUGACAUCGUGAACGUUGAAAAUGAAUGGGUAAGUCGAGAUAAAACUAAACAUCGAUUCAAUAACUGGGAAAUUUACAUAAUUGUGCUUGCGAUAAGUUUAUUUAUAUUUUAGUUCGAGUAAAAAUACUUUUACUUAACGGAUCUUUGUCAAUUGAAAAAUGAUAUUUUAGAAAACGAGGCCGUGUUUAAAAAGGAGGGUUUAGUUUUUAAUGCAAAUUGCAACGUUGUCUUGUUUAAGGGACGGUAAAACGGCCAACCGAAACGUGCAACUUGAUUUACAGCAUUGCUGUAAAACGAGUUGAAUAACGAUAUUGCGCAUUUUACCAACCACGAAUCAAACCUGUCUUGCAGCAAAACAGGUUGUUGCAGGUUGCGAAAAGUUGUUGCAGAAAGUAGAGAGUAGUUGUACUUUUUCCAACAAAAUCUGUACACAUUGCGCGUUUUUACCGGCCCAAAGCAAACUUGUUUUGCAACAAAUGACAUAAAAUAACUUCUUUGUAUGGUGUAACCCCAACGCAAUUUGAUCCAAUCAGAAAUCAGUCAUAUGCGCAUAUGUCAUGCGCACUUGAACAUUUAAUGAAAAAUUGCGCUCUAGAAAUUUAAACUAUUAUUAAUUAUUAGUAGUAGUAUUAACGCAACAUGUCAAAACCUGAUUAGUUGCAAAGAGGUUUGAACUUAAUAGGUGGUAUAUAAAACGCUCAACAUUGCUUUUCAACUCAUUUUGCAGUAAUGUUGCAAGACAACUUGCACGUUUUGGUGUUCGUUUUACCGUAGUUAUAAAAUACGUGUUUAAUAUUAACUAAGAUUAUUUACAGGCAAUCAUCCAACUACCAAACAAUUAGCGAUAGGAAGAAAAAAUAGUGUGAAAAAUUUCAAGGUAAGUAGCUUGUACUAAUUGGUUUGCUUUUACUCCGCAGAUUUUUAAUCUCACCCACAAGUGCGCAUGUCCAAAUACUUGUUUGACUGAUCCACCUGAUCCUACUAGUUCCAGUGAUCCUAGUGGUCAUUCAAGUAAGCUAAAUUAUUAUUCAUUC